AUGGGCGGGGCUCGGGGCGGGGGGGGCGGGGCCGCCGCUGCGGGUCCUGCCUGCUGCGCUCCCAGCGCCCAGCGGGGUCCGGGAGCCUCGGAGAGAGACCCAGGCCAAGGGCAGCGGAGCCCUGCCGCCUCCGCCCACGAGGGGGCGCUGCCGCCUACCGUCCUCCCUCCCUCUCCCCCUCUCUCUCCAUGUCCUCUGCCCUCCGCCUUUGCCCUCGGCUUCCGGCGUUGCCAUGGGUGCGCAGCUUCCGCUUCCGCCUUCCUAGGUACGGGUUCUCCGGUGGAGGCGGCGAUGGCGGCGGCCUCGUCCUCCUCCUCCUCCUCUUCCUCUUCUUCUUCUUCUUCCUCCUCCUCUUCUUCCUCCUGCUCCUCCUCGGCGGCCGCCGCGGGUUGCCGGGACGGCCCGACAGUGGCAGCAGGGCCCGGCUGGAGCGACUCCCAGUUCCGCCGCUACUCCUUCGAGACGCGGCCCAUCCCGCGGCUCAGCCACAGCGACCCCCGCGCCGAGGAGCUCAUCGAGAACGAGGAGCCAGUGGUGCUGACAGAUACAAAUCUGGUUUAUCCUGCUCUGAAAUGGGACCUGGACUACCUCCAGGAAAACAUUGGCAAUGGGGACUUCUCAGUGUAUAGUGCCAGCACACACAAGUUUUUGUACUAUGAUGAGAAAAAAAUGGCCAAUUUUAAGAACUUCAAACCCAAGUCAAGUAGGGAAGAAAUGAAGUUUGCUGAGUUUGUGGACAGACUCAAAGAAAUACAACAAAAAGGGAGUGCUGAGAGGCUAUAUCUACAGCAAACAUUGAAUGACACAGUUGGAAGGAAGAUUGUAGUGGAUUUCCUUGGCUUCAACUGGAACUGGAUUAACAAGCAGCAAGGGAAACGUGGCUGGGGUCAACUGACUUCUAACUUGCUUCUUAUUGGCAUGGAAGGGAAUGUGACACCAGCUCAUUAUGAUGAGCAACAGAACUUCUUUGCUCAGAUUAAGGGUUACAAGAGGUGUAUCCUGUUUCCUCCUGAUCAGUUUGAAUGCCUCUACCCUUAUCCUGUGCACCAUCCAUGUGACAGACAGAGCCAGGUGGACUUUGACAAUCCUGACUAUGAGAAGUUUCCAAACUUCCGGAAUGUGGUUGGCUAUGAGACGGUAGUGGGUCCUGGGGAUGUGCUGUACAUACCUAUGUACUGGUGGCACCACAUUGAGUCUCUCCUGAAUGGGGGGAUUACCAUCACUGUGAACUUCUGGUACAAGGGUGCCCCAACCCCAAAGAGAAUUGAGUAUCCCUUAAAGGCUCAUCAGAAAGUGGCAAUAAUGAGGAACAUUGAGAAGAUGCUGGGAGAAGCCUUAGGAAAUCCACAAGAGGUGGGUCCCUUGUUGAAUAUGAUGAUUAAGGGCCGAUAUGACUAAUGCCUGGUGCCCCUGGCUGAUGUUGGAGCUGCUUUGUUCACAAGCAAUGGAAGAUACUGAGCGCUAGUAUUGCACGCAGCACUUAACAGACUGAUGGGUUUCCUGGCCUAUCCCGGCCCCUCUACAAUAAAGGGGCUACUGGAACUGCAAAACCAUUAGUACCCUAUUCAUCCUCCACUCUCAUCUAACUGAAUCUCCCAAGAAAGAGUCUGCACUUACUGGAAGCUGGAUUCAUGCUCACUAACUUGUUUAUUUUCUUCCCUCUGCCCUGUUUGCCACAACAAGGAGCAUGGCUUCUGGCACUUGGAUGUGUUACUUCAGGAUUUUCAGGCAUAUGAAGAAGAGCUUGGAGGAUAAUGAGGAGCAAUAUUGUUUCCUCAGCCUCACGGGGUUUGGACCUCUUGGCUGGGUUUGUGUGUUGGUGGCGGCAGUGGAUAUAAGGUGGGAAAUGUUAGUUUUCACAGUCCUCUGUUGUUAGAGGACCUGUCCCUGCUCAACUCUGGCACCUUUUUGUAUUAAUGGAAACAAACAUGUGAGAUGGCCUGUGUGUGUUGAGCAACUGGACAAAUGAUCCAGUUCCUUCAACCUAAGACAUCUAUGCUUUAGAUGUAGUACAGGGUAGAGAUCAGAAUGAAUUUAUCUAGUGUGUGAGCACCAAAUCUUACGCUGUCCAAAUAACAUCUUCUUGUAUAAGUCUAGAUAAAUCUCCUUUCUGACAGCUUUUUCUGGGGAGUGUAGGCUUCUCUCCUGCUCUUUUGAAGCUGCAGUGUGGUUAAGAGGGGAUGUAGCAUUAUGAAGGGAGAUGCAUAAAUGCCAGGGCACUCUCCAAGUCUUGAAUGAUUAAGCCACAUUUUUAAAUUAAAUUUCCAAGGGAUGCUGAGCUCAACUGUUGAAACACAGUGUCAGAUAGGUAGAGAGCCUCGCUUCUCCCCAGCAGGGUGCUGGCUCCUGAGACUAACGCAGGAAAGUGCCCUUUUUACUGAAACUGCAAGAACUCAAGUGUGUGUGGCUGCGCACAGGUGCGCACGUUUGUGUGAUUUUGUGUGGCUCCUGUCCAUCAGUUAAAUCUAUGCCAGUGUGUGGUUCUCUUCCUUGUACAGUCAUGUGAAAGAGUUCAGGGCUUUUUGUUUAAAUGUGAUUAAGGUUAUCUUGAUCCUUUUUGUGUUCCGGGACUUGACAUGGCAGACUGGGAAGUGACAAGACCAGAGCACAGGAACCAGAUAAGCCUCUGUUUGAGUCCUCAGUAAUCACUCUGAAAAAUAACUUUGCUUUCCUCCUUCUCUUCUUCCAUGCAGAAGCCUUAGGCUCAUGUGGAAGCUGGCUUUUUCCCUGAGGUGUGCUGCACUGCUGUCCCUGGUUUGGGGGGCGGUGCAAAGGUCUUGUACUUUUGAUGUGGUUGUAAUGGGUUCCAAAAGCUAGAGGUGGGAGAAGCUGUUUCAUAGCCCAUGUAUCUCAUCCCAGAAAGAGUAGAAUUUGUUUUGUUGAGACUUCACAGUGUUUCCCCUGUUGUGCUGGGCUUGUUCUUAUGUGGGCUCUGACAAAAGUGUAACAUGCUAUUUGAGAAGUGAUCUUUGGUCUCAGGUCCCAUCUUUUGCUGGGACAGUUCAUACACCACUUGCAGUGGGCUUGUCUUUCACAAAAGUGAAAGGCUUCUCAAACAGGAGGUCCUGAGGCAAGUUUUCUGGCUGCUUUGCUGGUCAGAAUAAAUGAAGUUUAAUUGGCAGCUACAGGGUCCUUGUUCAAGAAACGUGUGUCAUGAGUAGUCUGACUGCCAUGUUGCAGGCUCUCCAGAGCUGUGGUUAGAUCCAGAUGAAGGUCACUCUGCUGGAUGCUUAUCAAUGCUCAGCCUUUGGACAGCUGGGGAAGAACCUUCUGACUGGCCAAAAGCAAGGCCUUCCCAGGAAUCUUGGUCACAUGCCCUUCGUUGAAAGAUGGUCAAAUUAAAUCCCAUUUCUGUGCUAUUUAUUCAGCACAUGGUAGUCUUCAGUACUGCUUGUUAGACGCCAUCAAUUCUUGAAGCUCAGGGUGGGAGUUCAUAUCCCAUGUGGAGAGAGAAUGGUACUUACGGAACUUUUAGGAUCCUUUUUUUUUCUUUUAUUUGCCAAAGGUCUAACUUUUAAAGUGUCUGAACCGGUUUUGCUGCACUUGACUUUGUGAAAGCUCAUUUACAAUGCACUGAUGGACUGACUCCCUCCCCCUACCCUUUUCACCUUGUGCUUUCAAUGCCCCUUGCCAUGGUAUUGGGAAGCUGUGUGUUCUCUGCUAGGGGUGUGUGUGCAGGGGGUGGGGUGUGACAAACACAUGGUACCUUCUGAAGUGUAGUUCUUAAAUACAACCAAUGUUGAACAACAGAACGGUGUGGCUUUUAUUUUGUGAGUGUCCGUGUAGAAGAGCUCUCUAAGGGCAUGUGUGUGUAAAUCUACUUUUCGGUCUGACAACUCCACUCGUGUUCUUCACUGGUGAAGGCUGUUGGUCUCCAGAAUUGCUUUCAAAACAGCAAUACCAAUUGCUUUAUUAUGUGUCUUCACAACUUUCUCCAUACUACUUCCAGAAGCCUGAAAGGAAAGCUGGGAAUAAGAUGGUGUGCUUGUGCCCUGUCAAGAAGAAGUAUUGGUGGGAAGGGAAAAACUCCCCUCCCUGCUGACCUGAAUGGUGUAACCGUACUCUGGAUGAUGGAGCAAACUACACAAGCAGGCCUGAUGAACUCAAUUAAUUGUCCUGGAGAUUUUGGGGGGAAGCUUCCUGUGUGUACCUGUGCUGUAUGUUAGCAGCCUUGGGAGACAGAGUCCUCUCUACCUAGUCAACAGAAGUUAUUUUACAGUAAUAUUAACUCUACAGCAAUUUUGAAACCUAACCAUUGGUGAAAUGUUGACUAAUUCUGAACAAAUAGCUAAGAUGUAGUAAAAUAGGGAAGAGUUGAAUAGUAGGUGAGGGAUGUUGGCAUUGUGGGAGAGAGAGAUGCCUCAGGCUGGGCCACUGCAAAUGGCACUGUCCUCACACCCUUGGGGGACAGGGCGAAUGUGAAGGAAGUAGGAAAGCCAAGAGCAGGAAGUCUGACUGUGGGUGUUCACCCUUCCCUGCUGUGCCUGCUGGGAUCAUCUCUGAACACCCCUGCUUGUGUUCCGCUGGACUUUGUGAUCUGCUGUGUCUGAUCCUUUCAGCUCUGCAUUGCCUCUUGGAUAAUGUACAGGUGGCAUCACAAAGCUCAGAAAUGUUUAGGUUGUGCAAAGAGCAGAGGAAACUGAGGGAUGAGAACCAUGUCAUUUGAAAACUAGGUCAGAGGCCAAGAUUUUUCACUUGUACUUAGAAUCUUUUUCUUGUUUUCUUUUAUUAACUUAGGUCCCUUAAUACCUUUCUUCUCCCUUUUUUUCCUUUUUCUCCUCAUUUCCCUGCUCCUUAGAAAGUGGGAUUCUUCUUCUGAGAAGUCUUAAUCCUUGUAAAUCAUAGCUGCAGAAUCUUUCCUGUGUAAAGAGAGGCACAUGGGUUUUUGAACUGAUCCACUUGUUCACCCCCUUAUUGAUGAGGGUCAUGCUCAGCUUAGGGAUAUUUGGAGUGAUAAAUCAGGUCCAAGGCAAAGCCAAGUGGUGAGGAUUAGGCCUGAGCUGAGGAGGUAUCAGACACAGCUGCAGUGCAGUCUAACUCAGCUGGGGGCAAGGGGUCACCCUUGGCAUCAAAGCAGCUCUUGAGAGAGAGAGGAGCAGGCCUGGGCAGAGACUUUUGUUUGCAACAGCUCUUAUCAAUGACCAAGCUGAUCUUGAACCCAACCAACUGUCCUUUAAAGCCCUAGAAUGGGGCUAGUGCUCUCAGGGUCUCAGCAAUCUCUUGGCAGGCCUUUGUUAAUGCAUGGUCUCAGCCCUGGAAGCAGAGCAGCAAUUGCAGCAGAGGUAUUGCCUUUGCUCGUGUGUUUCUACACUUAGAAAAAUGCAUUUCUGUCUCGUGUGUGAGAAGCUUCCUUCACUCUUGCUUCUGGUCUUCAUCUUCUGUUCCUGUUUCGGAACAGAAAGCACCUCUCCCAUCAAUGUCCUUGGAAGCUCUGAAGCCAUCUUCCCUGGGCACUUCUCUGCAUUGCUGCUGCCUAGACAGAAAGGGAAAGAUGCUGUUACUGUGACAAACAAAUGCAAAGUAAGUUCUAAUUACUGCCUCGAAAAGUCAAAUAUUUGUUGCAAGCAGAGGACUAAUUGUAGGGGGAGGGAGCGGAAGUCGAGGCUCUUGGAGUGUAAGUGGAACAGAUGCCCGGACGCCUUGGGGAAACGCAGCUUUCCUCUACAAAUCAGAGCUUUAAAUUACAAGGCUUUUACCAACGAGAACAGUUGUGGGAAGUCGUCUGCUCUCAUUUGCGUAAUGGCUUCUGUCACUGGUGAUUAGACACAGGAUGAAGGAAAAGAAAUUUGACAAUUAGGAAUGAGCGAUCAUUAAUCAGAAUCUUUGUUAGAAGGAGGGAAGGGGGGAGAAUAUCCCACAAACAAUGGAGGCAGCCACUAGAGCCACCCUGAAGUCCACAAGAUGCAUAACUAAGUGCUCCUGUUGCUCCACAGAGCCAUCUCUGCCUAGGUACAGAGCAGCAAAGAGGGUUUUGUCUGGCUUGGAAAGCUUGGGGAGGAAGACAGCAUGGCAGAAUCUUUCCAGUCCUACUUAGUAAGGGAGAGAGCAUAUCUGGGAGACCAGUCCAUCCCCACUGACACCUUGUACUUCCAUCUCAAUGCCUGGCCACAAACUGACAGCAAACACCACAGAAACAAGGUCUUAAAUUUUCUGUCUCCUUUCUCCCCAUCUUGCAUGCAGUUUGUGGUAUGGAGUAGAGCAGGUAGGGGCCUUGACUGGCAUGCAGAGAGCUUAGGAUAGGCAGCAUGAAUGCAGUUUCAGGCUCUUUUCCUGAUAAUGUCAUUUUCUACAAGAGUGAGGAAGAACCUGAUGGACUGCAUGACAGGUAAAGAAAAGAAGGCAGUGGUGACUUCUCUGUGUCUGUCAUUUGCUGUUUUGCCUCAUCAUCCAGUCAUUCACAAUCCACUAUAUGCUUUUGUUUGGGUUUUAUCAGCUUUGAUCAAAUUAUUGUACCUAUGGAAUCUGUUACCUGGUUUUCCUACAGCUGUCAUUCAUGGUCUCAUCAGGUUAAACACUUUGGUAUAGUUUGCAUGAAGAGGCAUUGCCUCUGAUUAAAUAAACAGCUCUAACCUGGGAGGGGGCAUGACAAACUAUUUGAGGGACAUACAAUGUUGGUUGGUUCAUCUGAACACUUAAGCUUACUGAAUCCAUUGAUUUCAGUGGCAGUUCCUGUCUUUGCAAGGCUGGGUCAUUUACUUGAGGUGAAAGUCUUCAUCAGGGUGAUUAUUCUUUUUGUGACUGGAAAUCAAAGCAGAUACAAAGAUAAAACAGCGGGAGCUCAUACCUGUGGCCCACCGGGCCCAGGAUGCUGCAUUCCAGCACGGCAGGGACUGAUAACAGACUGAGUGAGCCAAUCUAAGUUACCCACAAAGAGGACUUUCUGAAUUUGUCAUCUCUGCUUUGCCUGUUAAAUUAACAGUUUUUAUCCACUUUUCUCCAAGGAACUAUUUUCCUGGACCGGCUUGGGGAGGGGCUUACUCGAAUCUGCUUUCUAGAGGAACCUCUUUAGAGGUUUUCUCCCAAAUUUUCCAUAAACCAGAACAAAAGGGGAGAGCUGAAGCCAUGUUGUCUCAUUCCCAGCUGGCUCUGAGCUCAGACAAAUGACAGCAGCUUGGAUUUUCAGCCUCUUCCCGUGGCUAGUGUUCACCACAGGAAAGAGAAAACAGUAGAUCUCAGGACAGGAUCUAACAUGGUUUUUCAUCCAGAGCUCAUCAUGACAGAAGUUACGAGAAUCACUGGUCACAUUGUUUAGGAUGGGAAGAUAUGUCAGGUAGUGACUUUUAUUCCCUCUUGAAUACAAGAGGAAGGCUGCUUCUCAUUUACAACAACACUUAAAAUGUAUGUUUACAUUUAGAGUGCACCUCGUGCUCUUUGUAGAGGGGGAAGGUUGGGGUGUAAUAGGCAGUGGGGUCAGAAUUCACUUAACAAACUUGCAGCAAACCCUGAGCAAUCCCAGACUUUGACAUGGCAGGGCAUUGCCCUUUCUGUAAGAAAUGUCACUCUACUGGAUGGCAGGAGCACAAAUGUGACUUUUGUCUCAGUGUCAGCUGUGUGUUUUUUUUCCCUGAAUGUUCAGGAUUUGCCAUUGAAUGCCUGGAUGGAGAGGACUUUUGGAUGUGACUUAACCUCUUGGGAAGCCAGGAAGGGAGGCUCUCCUGUGUGUAGGUAAUCUGUGUUACAAGAUAUGCUGCGUGCUCUGUGCCCCUUGAGCUGCUUAAGCAGUACUGGCCUCAUGCAGUGAGCUGUGUGAGGGCUCGAGCUGAGCUGAAAGCAGCUAAAGGGGUGAGGUCAAAUAGUUUACUUCUAUAAAAGGACAGUCCUCAUGUUCACAGAGAGGGCACAUGGGGUGAUAAUAGCAUCCAAGGAGGUAGUUUCUGUGGAAGAGAUUAGUACCACAGGCAAUGGGCUGGUUCUGCUGCAAGUUCCCUUGUCAGGACCUCUGAUAUUCAGAAGCUGCUCCCAACCAUCUGUGUUUCAUUGGGUUAAAAUCCUUCUGGCAGCAAAUUACUGGUGCUGGUGGGUAUUUGGGUCAAAUGCCAGCCACUACAGGCUGUGGAGCUGGAGGCAAGGCCUUGCUUGGCAUUUGAGGUAAUGAGCUUCUGGUCCGUCAGCUCAUGGGAGCAGCAGAGAUUUGUAGAACUGAGGUGUCACAGGAGCACGUUACUUGGGAUGUCAGGUCUGACACUGCUCUGGUGGAGCAGGCCUUAGUGCUCUUUAAGCCUGUGUUUGGGAGUGGUGCACACCUGAGGAAGAAACCUCCAAGUGGAAUUGGGGGCUGUGAAGGACCCAUUCAUCUGCCACCAGUUCACUCCAAGCACAGCCUGGGGCCUCUUGCUUCCAAUUCCUCCCCAGCACAAAAGCAAUCCUGUGUCUCCUGCUUUUGCUAUUUGUUUAUAGCUCUCCCCAUCCCAUCUGUCUUUCUCUUCUCCUUCCUCCCAUUCCUUUUCCCUCCCUCUCCCUCCUCCCCCUCAUUCUCUGUAAGCGAUUAAUCAUUUUGACAGGCUCAGCGAUGGCCUUUAUUUCCUUGAGGCAGCCAAGAAAUGUCUGUGAGCACCUUCUCUGCCACCCCUCGUGUUCCCUCGCCAAUCAGAUCAGCCACUUCGCUUGGAGUGACACCGUCAGGAACAUGGAGAAGGGAGCAGGGGGGAAACUCCAGCAGAGUCAGCUGGGAGAUGGGCAGUGGGGCAGCAUCCAGUUGAGGUGCCAUGUGGGCCCCCAUUAGCUGUGAUGAAUAUGUCAUUUCACUAUAGCUUGAAUGUGUCAUACUUUGCUCCCUCCCUCUCCUGAGGCUCCCCUUCAAAUCUUGGUUUCAGUGCAAAGGCAGUUGAGAAGAAAUCGGGCUUCUCAGGAACAUAUCAGCCUCCAACAGAGUGGCUGGAGGGAAAAGCUGUCAGAAGAGAAAGAAGAGCAGGCUGACAUCAUCAAGGGAAAAAGAAUGGAGAUGAUUUUGCAGAUGGAUGUGGAAGUCUUCUUGGGAAACUCCCUUUUGUCAUGUACAGGAAGGAAGUUGCUUCUGAGUCUCUGUCAUUGUUCACCUGAACUUGUCAUGUUGCCAUGAGGAUGCCUUGCAUUCACCUGCAGCCUGAGAAGCUCUUGGGCCAUAGUACCUGUUCUUGCAAAUGCCCCAUCAACUAGGAUGAUGCCCCAUCCCUAACUAGGAUGAAAAUAGGGUACAUCAGAUGCAUCAUGUUCCCAAAAGGAUUUUAUCAUCUGCUGUUAUCAAGCUUUACAGUACCCACUGUCCCCUCAGCAUGGAACUGAGGAAUGCUGUACGUAUAGAAUUAUUCUCUUCCUUCUCAUGGAUGAAAGCUGAUAUCCUCCACAGUAGGAAUGAGAGGUAAUAAUAACCAUUCUCCUUAGGUGCUCUGGGGAUGUCUAGGGACACUCUUUGUGAAGGGCAAUAGAUUGUAACUAACAUUUACAGAAGAGGUUGUGAAGGAGAGAAAGAAGUUGCUGGUGAUGGGCUAGAAGUCAGAUGGAAUGUGAUGUAAAGAUCUGGGACAAGGUGGUCAAGUAUCAUAAGGUGGGAGACUGAAUACAGUGACUCAAGGGAUCCUCUCUGGUCUUGUGCAUUAAAUAAGCAAAUAAGCCUUGAGUUGAGCCUAGAAGAGAGUUAAUAGGCUUAUCCCAGAUAAAAGGCUCUAGCAUGAGACUGUUCCAACUCUUUAUUAGACAAAGGAACAUGGUGGAUAGAAUGAGCUGUGCUUUGAAGUCACCACAUCUUGCAGUGGGAGGGAGGCAACAACACAGGGCCAAACCCCAAAGCUCAAUGCAGCUUCUCCUCUGUGAGAUGCAGCCAGGCAGGUGAUAGGUCCCAACUGAGUCUAGGGAGCUCAGACCCACUUACUAUUUGCCAUGUGAGCUUGAAUUCUUGCCCUACAUGAAAGGCAUGGGAGUUUUAGCAGUAGGCUGAAUGGGCUCAGUGAAGCAGCCAAGGAAAAAAACACAAUCUCAUUCCUACACCUCUUGUUGUUUGUUUUCUCCUCAAAAAAGUUGCCUUUUAGGUACAGAUCUAAAAACUGAUACAACCUGAGUUCCAAGGGAGGGCAAUGAACUCAUCUGGAAUAAACACCUGUGCCCCUUGAGGGCUGACUGCAUCAGAUGUCUAGAAGGUAGGAAGUCUCAAACAAAAGAGGAGUUAACAGGCACUUUCCAGCAGACAGACAUGCUACCCCAUGUCUUGGGAGUGGCCUCUGCCAGGGUCACUGCUGGGUUUCUCUCAACCAGCAUUUCUCUCAAGUAAAUAUUGAUUUUGUGCUGGUGGUGCUUAUCAGUGUUGUUGAAAGAGAGGCUGUAAAUGCUUGGCAGAACAGUGGUGGCCCUUCUUGGCAGCUAGACUCGCUCAUUUGCCUUGUUUUCUGCACACUUGUGCUCAUGGGUCCAGGGUGAGGAACACUGGCUUUGGGCUGCCUGACUAGUGACCACUAACAGCUUUAGUGCCUCUUUUCUUGUGUAGGGUAGUUAUAUUUGCUCUCAUGAGUUCGGUCAAAGAUGUUCAUUAGCAGCAGACAUGCAAACUGGCCUGUUCCUGGACAGUUUGCAUCCAGUAAGAGGUAGUAACAUUUCUUUCUUGGCCAUAACACAAGAAACAGUCUGAAGGCAGAACAUAGAUCUGAAGGCAGAGGUUAUCCCAGAUAACCCAGGAGGGAAGGGAAAUAUCAGGUUAUUCUAUUUCUCUAUGUAAAAUCUUUUGUGGAUGUUGUAGGCUACUUUCUUUGGUCUCCAGAGUCAUGAAGAGCUUCCUCACCAAACUAGCCUUAUGUCUGUCAGCAGAGCCAGUCAGCAGUGCCAGCUCAGGUGGAUGGUAAUGGAAUGAGAGCUGUUGAUCAUUACAUGGAAGAUGUUUGCCACUUCCAUUCCACAGUGAAUGUCCACACCAGGCAGUGGAGAGGGUGGGACAUCACAGGACUGAAGAAGCAAAAGCACUAUUGCCACAUUAGCGCAUUAUCGAGGCUUGGCUCGCUGCUGCAGCUGAUCCAGCAUUCUCUGCUCUGUGCUGUGCUGAACUGGCUCACAUAGGGAUGCCAAUGUUGCUGUGUAGAUCAUAUUGCCUCUCCUCUCCUGGAAGACUGACCUGGUCGCACUGAUGUGGCCCUAAGCCAGGUAGAGGUAAGGGGACCCCUGUCCCCAGGUGGAGGUUGACCUUCUGGCCAGGAUGCUUUGUGCUAUUUGAGGUGACAAGGUGACUUGCCUAGUUGCAAAUGGGAUGGUGUAGCCAUCAGGAGUUGUAUCCCCCACAAUGGACAAGCUGGACUAUGUCCAGUUAGUUGAAGGUUGAAUGAGAACUCGCCUUCACUUUUCAGGGUACAGGAUCUAAUUUCAGAACUUGUCUGUGCUGCAUGCUGUGCGGUUGCUGUCCCAAUGGAUUUUUUUUCAGACUCAGGUGCUAAUCAACCUUGUAUCAGCCUGGGUUGUCCUCUGUCUCCUGGAAAAUCUGAGAUAUCCUUGGUUUUUGGUAUGCAUGUCCAUGUUGUGUAGCUGUUCCAGACUUACAAGCAGCACCUGGUGCUUAAUGGGAAAGCUGGAGCAUGACGUUAACUUUGCAAAUUCUGUUAGGUGACUGAGCUGUUUGUGCCCUGGGAGACUUCAGAAUUGGAGACUGGGUCAGUUGGUUUUAAGAAUCUCACAUUUUGCAGUGUCCAUCCAGCGGAGACAUUUGUGUCUGAGCUCUGUCUGUCUGGGCUGCUCUGAACAUUAUGGAUGUGUUGCUGCUGUCUUUGCGGAGUGGAUGAAAGUGUUUGUGGUAAAAUGUAAUCAAGUGGAAAAUUGCAGUGCAUAUAAACACAUAUGGCACUCAAUGACUGGGCAUUAGGCACAGUGACUGCAGGCAAAAAAAAAAUUAUCUGUAAAUGUUUCGCAGCAAGUUUCAAAAUCUUAAAGAACAAUAAGAUAUUAGCAAUUUAAUGGGGUGAUUCAGCGAGGCAGCGAUCCUUGGGUUGGGAGAACAAGGAUGCAUGCAGCUGCAGUGACGGGAGUGGCUGGGAUUACUCAGCCAAGCUCAACAAGCCCUGUCUCCCAGCACAAAACCGCUGCCAAAGGUUUCCUCCACAUGGCAAUGUGGCUGUGCUUGGAGAGGAGAGAGCCAGGAGGUGGCUCAUGAAACUUACCACUGCCACCUUCCAGCCCCCUCCAAGAGCCUGCUGUUUACAGCAGCAUUUGGAAGAGGUUGUGUGUGGUUGAUGAGGCAGAACUGAUGGGCGAGGUGGAUCAGGCCUGGCUCAGGUCGGGAGCUGCGAAGGCACUGCAGGUCAGUGGCUGCCUUGGCCUCCCAGAAAGGGAGAGCUGGGUCUUGUUCAUCUCCUGUGCCUUCAGGCUCCAUCUGCUUAUACUGUCCAGGAUAGCACCUUUGCAGCUACUGCAGAAAACACGGAAGCCCAAAUCCUUUCUCAGGGCAACUAUUUUGCACCUUGCCAAGGAGCUCUGUCAUCUACUGGAACUGCACUUGGAUCUUGCACAUCUAAAACCAUGGGAAUCACUGCCUGAGCAAGGUGUCUGUCUCCAAACCUGUUGCUUUGAUCCCACCACUUAGAGGGAACAUGCCAGCCUGUGAAAAUGAUUUUUUCCUGAGUGACAGGAGUACCAGAAAGGUGUUUUUCUUUUCUUGCCAUAUGCUGACUCCCCUUUUUCUGUCAGAAAAAAAGUUACCUGUGAGUAGGGGGAGGAAAGAACCUUGUCAGUGUCACCUGGCUGUAUCUUUCCCAAAGGACAUAGGAAAGUAGCUUGAAUAUUAGGGGUAAUAUAGCUUUGGUGGCUCUACUGACUGCCCUGAGGUCCUGGAUCUGGGAGACAAAAUUACACAGCAAUUAAUGGGAGAACAGCUUGUGAAAGAGUAAAGAGGGCACCAACUAGGAAAACUAAGGAUAUUGGCAGUUUGGCCCAGCAAAGCCUGGCUGAUUCCAAUGCUCUCUGGGGAGAAAUGAUCUCAAACUAACCUGUGAGUAAGAUCUGCCCAAGUGAAAUAAAAAUAAACAAAAUCAGUGUUUCUUGGCCAUUUCUGCUUUCCAGGAAUUCAAGGAACACAGUGGGGCCCAAAGCUGAUGCAAGCAGAGCAGUAGGUUCUCUUCGGGUCUCUGUACGGGGUUCUUAAAUUUUCAGACUGGUUCAUAUACAACCAUGAGAACAUUCAAUCCUGCAAAUGGAGACCCAAGUACCUGGGUCAUUAACAAAGUGUAACUUUGGUGUGAUUACAGGCAGGCAUGUAAUAGUGUCCUUGGCUUCAUCUAGCAGACUGCCUAGGGCUGGACUUUGGUAAGACAACAUGCCUGCCUCACUUGCAUAUUCAAGUCUGUAUAAAACUGGUGAAAAUAACAGUGGAAGAAGCUUUUAAUGAAUUGUUAUUAAAUAAAGUUUCUUUUCAGUA